UUUUUUUUUUACUCUACUUAUCCAACAUGUACCCUUCAUCUUCUCCUCCUCCACCAGAGUACUCUCCUCAACCGACAAGUCAUUUUGAUAAUAUGCGAUCGACUUUACAGAAUUUAUCUCUUCAUGGACAUCGACCUCACUUCCAUCGAUCUUCUCAGGGGGAAUUAGUAGCAGGGCCACUUCUUCGAUAUAUAGGCACCAAUUAUGAAAAAAACACUUAUAUUGCUUCCUGUUUAUUGGUAUCUACUCAUAAACAUGCUCCUCCAUUGGAAAUCACCCUUCGACCAGCUUCAGCAUCUGAGGAAAAGACUCACUCACAUUUUUCUCAUCACUUUCGACACAGCAAUCAACAGACUUAUCGACUUUAUGGUGAAGCUUUGGAUGUUUUUAGACAAGAAUACACCUUUUGGCGCUAUGGUAUUGAACUUCCUUUGAUGAAUGAACCACAAAUAGCGACAUAUUCGAGUGAAUGUUUUACCACCAAUACUGCUAUUGCGCAACAUGCUACUAAUAGUGAAUCCGCUUCUUUUGAAUUCCAUCUACCAUCUCUUCAACAGUCCAUGCGGUUCAUGUUUUACUCUUGUAAUGGAUUCUCUGAUAUUCCUCAAGAAAUGAAAGAUAAGUUUGGUGAAAAGGAAGCUCCUCUUUGGCAAGAUGUGUUGGAUCGACAUGAAGUACUUCCUUUCCAUGUUUUUCUAGGUGGUGGCGAUCAAUUAUAUCAAGACCGUUUACUUAAAGAUGACUUUAUGAAACCUUGGAGAGAUGAAAAGGAUCCAAAGAAACGGGUAGCCAUGACAUUAACUCAAUCUAUGCGAGAUGGAUUUGAACACUUUUAUUUUUGGAACUAUGUGAUCAAUUUUGGAUUCAAGGAUAAUCCUGUGGUCGCUAAGGCCUUUGCUACGAUACCAUCUGUGAAUAUGUGGGAUGAUCAUGAUAUCAUUGAUGGUUAUGGAUCAUAUCCGGCAGAUAUGCAAAAUGCUGAUUGUUUCCGAGUACUCUUUCUCAACGCAACACGGUUUUAUUACUUAUUCCAACAUCAUACAACACCAGAACUAGCAACACAUCAUGGGAUGAUACGCGGGACCAUGUCAUCAUGUCAUCAUAUACUGACCACUCUUGGAAGAGAUAUUGCUUUACUUUCAUUGGAUGCUCGUGGAGAACGUACAAAGCAUGACGUAUGUCAACCAAAGUCAUAUGAUAUUCUAUUUGACGCCAUCUACCGCCAAAUCCCUGCUACUGUUAAACAUCUCUUGGUUCUUACUGGUGUGCCUCUUGUAUACCCUAGAUUAACAUUAUUUGAAAAGGCAAUGGAUGGUGCAGCUGGAUUUAAUUUGGCUACUAUUGCUGGGAAAACAGGUGCCUUGGGUGAUAUCAUCAAUGGUCAACUGAAUAAAUGGAAUGGUGACCCUGAACUUUUGGAUGAUAUGAAUGAUCAUUGGACAGCGAGUAAUCAUGAAGUGGAAAGGAAGCGAUUUAUUGAACGAUUACAACAAUAUGCUCGGGAACGGUCUGUGCGAGUAUCCUUUUUAGGUGGUGAUGUACAUUGUUGUGGUGCUGGUCGAUUAUACUCGAAGGAUAUGAAACAAAAAGAAGAAGGUGAUCCUCAUCUCAUGGUUCAAAUCAUUUCUAGUGCCAUUGUGAAUAUUCCUCCUCCUCAAGCCUUAUUGACUAUAUUGAAUCAAAACUCAUCCUAUGUGACCUUUUCGCCCAACGUUGAAGAAAAAAUGUAUAAUCUAUUUAAACGAUCUCCCAAUGGCAAUACGAGACAAAAUAAAAAAUUGAUGGGAUGUCGAAAUUAUUGUGCUGGUUAUGUAGAUGAAGAAACUGGCAAGAUAUUCUUUUGGAUUCAAGCUGAAAAAGAAGUAGGCAAGAAAGGAACAAUGGGAUAUGGAAUUGAAGUACCUCGAUUGAUUUUUGGUCCUUCUGGAAAACGACAUUUGCAACCAGCACCUUCCACUACCUGGAUGCAACCUGUAAGCAACGAACCUCCUUUACCUCAACGACCUCAACAACAACAACAACAACAACAACAACAACAGUCAUCUUUACAAAAUCGACCUGUUCCUCCUCCACCACUACCUUCUAGAACCCCUGGUGGUUUUGUUAGACCUCCUUCUCAAUAGUUAGUAUCAACAUUUCUUACAUCAUCUAUCCUUUUUUUUUUAUCGACCC